CGUCGGAUUUUCACUCUCAUUAUUUACUUCUCUCUCUGUGUCUCUAUUGGCAUCGAGGCGGAAAAACGCAGCAGAAACAAGAGGGGAAAAGCGUCGCACAGAGACGGGGAGAGAAAGGGAGAAGCUUUAUCUUUGUUCUUCGAAGCAUAGAGAGCCCGUGGAAGAUCAUUGUGUCAACAAUGCCUGCGAAGAAGAACUCCUCUCCGGCGGGGAUCCUCCAUGACGGUGAGGAAAACGACCGAUGUCGGCGAAGUCCCGGCGGUCUUUUCGAGCCAGAUGCUGAAGAGGGUCCCGAAGCGAGAGUUGAGAAACGAAGAGGACAAGAUGAAGACGGGGAAGAAGGAGACGAGGAGGAAGGUGGAGAUGAGGAGGUCAAAGGCGAAGCGGAUGAAGAAGUGAAACGCGGAGAAGGAGAAGAAGAAGAAGGAGAGGAAAAUGAGUCCAAUGAAGAUGAGGAGGAAGAGGAAGGAGAAUCUAAGGAAAGAAGUCAAUCUUCAACCUCCGGAGACCAGUCAGAAUACAUGGAUGUUGACCUGGCAGAUGUCCGGAAGGAUGUGCAAUGUCCAAUAUGUUUAGGAAUUAUAAGGAAAACACGGACAGUGAUGGAAUGCCUACACCGAUUCUGCCGGGAGUGUAUCGAUAAGUCAAUGCGAUUGGGGAACAAUGAAUGUCCUGCUUGCAGGAAACAUUGUGCAAGCCGGCGUUCUUUAAGAGACGAUCCAAAAUUUGAUGCCCUUAUUGCGGCUUUAUUCACAAAUGUUGAUCAAUAUGAGGAGGAGGAGUUGGCUUUUCAUGAAGAGGAGAAGGUUCGCAAUAAGCAGAUCCAAGCAUCUAUAGCUCAAAUAUCUCAACGGCAAUCUGAUGCCCUUGUGAAAAGACGAUCUUUCGGUAAAGAGGCAGCGAUAUUGUCAAGGCCACAACGUAGUGGUAGUGGUUCUAGAAGGAGAAGAAACUGCAGAAACAUAGAUCAUCACAUUACAGAAGCCCAUGACAAUGAUGACGACGACGACAAUAAUAAUGCCAGAGGCAAAGAUUCGUCAUCAGAUGAGCGUAGUGCAGAAAUCAGGCAUAGAAAACGAAGAAAACGCUCGGAAAAUCGUCCAACCCACCCUUCUACAUCUGGAGCAAACAACAACAGUAGUAACUGCACUGAUAAUGACAUGGAAGCUGCUUUCAAGGACAACAACAACAACAACAAAGGAACUUCUCCUGGCCUUGUCUGGAACCCUGAGAUAUUUGCAUGGGGUAGGGGCGGUGCAAGGAGUAGUACCAGGCAUGGUAAUGGCCAGGGGGGCGGUAAUAAGAGCGUGAGAAAUGCUCGUUUGAAUAGACUCGUGGAAUAUCUCCGGAGCUUAGAGGGAAGUAGCGUUGAGUUAGAUAUUCAUCUCAAGCUUGUCCCUUUGGAUACAAGAUGUACACCAACCUGGCGCCAGCCAUACCUCUGCUGCCGACCCACUUUGAUGGUGAAGCAGCUCCGCGAAUUUGUAGCACUCCAGACACACCUGAAGGCUGAAGAAAUCGAAUUGUUGGUAGCAGCAGCUAAUGGAGGGGGUAAGGCGAUGCAAUGUCUGGAAGACGAUGAAACGACUCUGGCAAGACUUGAAGUGGAUCAUGUUCCCAUCUCUUCUGAAGCACAUUUGGUUUUAGCUUACAGGCAGAAGCGGUCUGGAUAAAGGUGGAGGAGCGCCUUUGCGCAUUAUGCAGAUCGAGUUGGGUUUUUAGGUCAAAUGUUUCAAGAGUGUUGGGGUUAUUUAUUAUUAACACUCUCCAAAUUUCAUUCUUCUCGUUUCUUACAGACAUUUCGUUGCUUCGCUCUUGGCAAUGGAUGCAAAUUUUAUGAGAAAAAGUGGCAAUUGGUGGGAAGUCUUUCAGAUUUUAA